AAUUUAUUUUAUAAAGUGAUAAUCGCCUAUAUUUGAAGGGAAGAAAUGUCCGUGACUUCAUCGGACUCACAAGCACCUAGUCAUGCGUAUUCCGAACGCACCCUUGCAUUGAUAAAGCCGGAAGCAUUCCAGGAUUCAGAAGCUAUUCAAGAUCAUAUAAGAAACAAUGGCUUCACUAUCCUAGCUAAGCGCGUAGUUCAACUAACACCGGAGCAAGCAGCGGAGCUUUACAAAGGUCACUACGGGCGACAACACUUUCCUCAUUUAGUAGCUCAAAUGUCAUGCGGUCCAAUAGUGGUAUUGGUCUUAGCUGCCCGAGAUUGCAUUCAAAAAUGGCGUACCCUUAUGGGCCCGGCCAGGGUCGCCGAAGCUCAAGCAUACUGGCCAGAUAGUCUACGGGCAUGCUACGGUCGUCGCACUAAAUACGGAGAUUAUUUUAACGGUCUCCAUGGCAGCGAGAACCUCGCGGAGGCUGUGAGAGAAAUACAUUUCUUCUUUCCUAACAUGAUAGUCGGUCCUUUACUUCGGAAUUGGCAAAUAAACGAUUAUAUGCAGAAGUACAUUACUCCCAGGCUGCUGCCUGGCCUCACGGCUCUGGCUCACGAGCGACCCGCUGAACCAAUAUUAUGGCUGGCAGAGUUUCUCCAACGUCACAAUCCCAAUGAACCGAAACUAGCCGAUAAGAUAAAUCAUCAGCGCGAACAACAGCGCUGCUACACUCCCAUGCCAUCCGAAGAGAGUAUUUUAAAGUAAAUAGAAAUGCGAAAGUGUAGUAACCGAGGUACUGAGAAGACAAGAACUACAUAAAAGCUAUGUUUGUUACAAGAAUGUUUGACUUUAUAAUUCAUAUGAAAUUAAAAUCAAUCAAAACGGCUACAUUAACCAUUUUAACAAAUUCCGAUGUAUGGUUGUUCGAGAUCGUAGGACGAGUAGAGGACGAUGAUAUGCAAAUUUGCAGUAAUGCGAUUGGUCGUCCAUAUUGUUCCCUUACCCCCCAAUCCUCGAGUUGUGUAACACACCUUUUCAAUAAUGUAAAAAAGUUUGAACAAUAAACACCUAACAUUAUAACUACAAAAAAUACG